UUGCAUAGUUGAUAGCGAUCAAGUUGUAAAAUGUACAGCACGUUGUCCUUGUCUCUCGGCCUCCUGGCCACGGCAACGCUCGCUCUUGCCGAGCCGACCGUCUACCUAAUUCGCCACGGCGAGAAGCCCAGCAACGGGAGCACCGGCCUCAAUGCUGUGGGUUUUGAGCGGGCCGACUGCUUGAAGACUGUGUUCGGCCCGGAUUCCAGCUAUGACAUUGGAUACAUCAUUGCAGAACAACCCAAGUCAGAUGGAAAACGCGACCGCGCAUACGAAACGGUUCUCCCUUUAGCUGAGGAACUGGGCCUCACUGUCGAUACUUCCUGCUCAAAGAAGGACACCAAGUGUGUCAAGGACUUGGUGAAGGACUACACCGGCAGCGACAACAUCUUGAUCUGCUGGGAGCACAAGGAGUUGACCAAGAUCGCUGAGAAGCUGGGUGACGACGAUGCACCUACCUACCCAGAUGACCGGUUCGAUCUCAUCUGGACUGACCCUUAUCCUUAUACCAACAUCACGGACAUCACGAGCGAGAACUGCCCGGGUCUGGAUAGCUGAAGUAGUAGCCGAAAAAUCAAACCAGGCUCUAGUUAGGGGACACUUGGCCUCGUGUCACGGUAACCGACGGCCGAAUGCCCCUUUUGAGAAACGACGUAAUGCAAAGUCAUUCUGGAUCUGUUCAUGCGAGUGUGGCCUUAGAAGAAUAGCUUUUGGGAAUCUUGUGUUGGGUACCUGAAUUCUAGCAGCUCGUCAUUCAUGACACGAUAUGACAAAGAAGUCCUGCACGGUCUGGACGCAUCCUCAUCAGCCAUCAACAAGAUUUUGUGACCGACUUUUGCCCGGUCGCAAUUCACUCCCAUCCCUUGGAAGUGCAUGUAGGCCACUCGAGAAAGGCGAACUUCCGUGACUUCUCUUCUAGCAGGCCCACAAUCUCGCCACGAACCUGUGGGCGAGCCUUGGU